UUCAGCCAAUCAAAAUACAAGUAUUCUCGCGCCAAUUUCUUUGAUUCCAAUAUGGCGACAGUUUUGCUGAUGAAUUUCUCUUACAUUUCUUGUCGUUUUGUGCAGUAAUCUCGCCAGUAUGUUGUCUUUUGUGGAUAUGAAAACUUCCUCUGCUAAGUUGGCUGAGUGGAGUCCUUCAGACUGGCCAGAGUCACUACCAGAAAUGAGGACGAUCGACAAUCUACUCAGAUGCUCUAUUUGCUACGAAUUCUUUGAUGUUGCAAUGAUAAUUCCAGAGUGUUCUCAUAAUUAUUGCUCAUUGUGUAUCCGAAGAUCCCUUAGCUAUGAACCACAGUGUCCCACAUGUUCCUCGAAAGUUAGUCCACCAAGUUUAAAAACCAACAGAGUAUUAGACGAAUUAGUUAAGAACUUCAUCAAAGUCAGAACAAAGCUGUUAGAAUUAGCAACAACCAAUGCCCAGAAAACAAGUUUAAAAGAUGAUGCUAAAAAGAGAGGUGAAACAAAGAAUAAAAGAAGCAGUACUGCCCACACAAGAAGAAGAAAGGCUCAAUCAACACCUCAAAAUGACUCAAAGUCUUCAAGUCCAGACACAAAGAGACAGAGGCUUGAUGCAGAGAAUGAGCAAGUUUCAAAUCCUGUGGAGGUGACAUUGAAUGAUGAAUUAGAAAACCCUGUUAGUACAGCAGAACCUGAAGUCGCUGUUGUUGAUGAGGAGGAAAAUCAGCAGGAGCAACAACAAUCAGAAUUACAGCCAACAGCCGUGGAUGAAUGCAGAUCUGAAAAUGAAACCCCAGCACAACCUUCAGAUGCAGACUUUGCUGAGUGUCCAGUUUGUGGUGACAUGGUUCCACACAGAAAAAUAAAUUCACAUCUUGAUGCCUGCCUCACAAGAACAGAAAAGAAAAGUUCUUUACGAAGCAGGAAGAAAGCCAGUGAGUCAAAGACUAGUAAAUCAAGUAAAAGAAAAUGUCCAUCUGAUGCAGAAUUUCAAGAAUCUCCUCCUGGAUCAAGUGAUGACUCAGCUUCCUGUUCUGUGAUUCAAGAAGCUUGUUCUUCAACAGCAAGUUCAUCUACCUUGACAAUUAAAGGCUCCAAUGCACUUAUUCGGACGAUACAGAAAAGAAAGCCCCUCCCUAAACUUGUUUACAGUGUAAUGGCAGAAAAGGAAUUACGACAAAGACUGAAGGAAUGGAAUUUGUCAACCAAAGGAGAUAAAUCUACCCUUGUUAAAAGGCAUCAAGAUUUUGUGAUGCUUUACAAUGCACAAUGUGAUUCACCAACACCUAUGACAGCUGCUCAAAUUGCGAGAGAGGUCGAGAAAGCAGAGAAGACAAGAGCCAAAGAAGCAUCUUCUACUUCAGAAGCAUCAACAUCAGGUCUUCAUUUUGAGAAAGACCAAAGUGAAGAAGAUAUGGACAAAACCCGACAAAAAUACUUGAAUGAACAUCAAGAUGAUUUCAACAAACUAAUAGCUGACAUACAAAAGAGACAGCGAGGCAAAAGAAAGAAAUCUGCUGCAAAGACCUCAGUGAGUGAAAGCUUGGAUAGGAAAAAGGUUGAUACUGCUGAGGAAGAUUUUAAAAAAUCAGAGAAUAAUGAAAGUGGUGAUCCAAAACACAGUGAUGACCAGGAAAAGAAUGAAAGUACAGAGAAGUCAGAGGCGACUGUUGAAACGUAUCUACCUUUCUUCAGGGAAAGUGACCAUGGUUCCUCACAACAUGAGCAGUGCAAGACUUCAUCUGUUAUUCCUGAGCCACCAUUGUCUCCUAGUCUAGCUUCAUUGGAAGAAGAAGAUGAGAACACUCCUUCACUUGGCCUGGAGGAUGAUGACUGGGAAUUUCAAGAGGACAAAUCUGGAGAUCCAAAUGUUAUCCCAGAAAGCCCAGUAAUAAAAGUUGGAAGAGCCACUGACGCAACUGCGGACACAGAGACUCCACUAAGUGAGAGUGAUGAGGAGUUUCAACAGAAUCAAACAUUUGUUAAUAACAAACGUGUCAAAUCUAACCUGUUCUGACCCUAGCAUUCGCUGAGCAAUGAACAUUGAUAAACAUUAGCCUUAUUCUCUACAAGUUAAAUGUCUUGAUCUAAAUUAUUGAAUUGGAUUUCUCUCUUCCUGAAACCAUAUUCUGUUUAUGUGGAGUAACAAAUUUUUUUGCACAAAACAGUGAAUUCUACAGUUGAGAGAAGCUCAGUACAAAGCCAGAAAUAUAAAUGACUUUAUUGCAAGAGGUCUCCAAAGCAAACAAUGUAAGGGUCAGUGAAGGUUUACACCCAUAUGCCUCAUAUUUUCACAUUAAUGUUUCUCAUGUAACCGACAAGCAAAUUGGGUAAAAUAUGUAGGAAUGUCUCAAUUGCGAUACAUGUAUGAGCCAUUGACUAAAACAGAGAAACAAAAAACAAGUGAGCUCCAGAUUACAUAUUUCUCCUGAAAAAGUCGAUGAUGCUCAUACAUAAAUAUUUUUCUGGGUGGACAAAUGUUUGUGGUCUCAUAACAUAUGAUCAACUUCAGCUCUUGCAAAAAUAGAAUACCGGUAAUAUGCUGGAGAAUAUUACUAUACAGUGAAAUAGUUGACUAUUAGGAAUUGUACUACAAUUGUAUUACAUGUAGUCCACACAAUGUCUUGGGAAACAUUCCAAAAAUGUUUUGUACAUAUAUAAUACUGUUACAUUUGUCACACAAAAUAGGGUACAGAAACAGAUAAUUCCUUAUACCAAAUAGUAUAAAAUCAUAUUUUCUUUAAAAAAAAAAACUGUAUAUGGAGGGGGAAAGGUUAUAAACAAUAAAACGAUGAGUUCUUUUUAAACGCAUUCUUCCGAGUCUCUGUUUUCUUUUUUGUUACCUCAUGACCUUUUACUUUCACCUCAACACCAGAAAUAAUUGUGCAAGUAAUUUUAAAAUUGUUGUGUUGCUAUCAAACUUUUGAUGGCCCUUAUAAGAGAUCUAAGGACCCAAACAAAAACAUUAAAAUGUCUUCAAGAAUGAUGUAUGACAGCCCUUGGUAGUAGCAGAAGAAACAAGAGAAUCGAGUGUAUAGAGAAAACAACUUCACACGGACCAAGAAGAGAAAUGUGGGAUGAAGUCACUGAUUGGAUAACUGAUCUGAGUUGGAUCAGUGAUGGAGAGUUUGGAUUAGAUUGGGUCCAGAGCCAGAUAAAGGAAGGAGUGAUGGAGGCCUUCCCAGAUGAAUGGUAAUACCUGGGUGAUCAUGAUACUGGAGAGCAGGUGUGUUUCAUUUUGUGUCAAAUGUUUUUUUUAUUAAAUUUACAUUCAUAGACCAUUUAAUUGUAGACACCCAGCUAGCCUUCUACACAGAUGCUCCUUGGACUCAUCACGCAGUCUUCCUUCCCCACGUUAGGGAGGAGUGUGUGACAAGCCUUCAGAAUGUCUGCCUAUGAGGCUAUUAGCUACCCCCUCCACCCAAAAAUUUGAGGAGAAUUCCCCCACGACUUUUUUGGGAGGAUGUACACAGGCCCACACUCAGUGUGUUCAGAUGGAAAUCUGUAAAUAUGAUUGUUUUUCCAUUGGUGUCUGCUGGUAGAGCAUGAUUGUGUCUAUGUUACUCUUGAUAGGGUAAACUUGUCCAAUAUCAUUAUCCAAUCUGGAGUUUCUCUUGGCUUGAUACAAAGCUUUAAAUUUAAUUCUUUUUUUU